UGCGUGCUUGCUCGUCCAGACGCCUUUCCAGAAGGCGCGGUCGGCGCGGUCGGCGUGGUUCCGGCAAAAACAUUUGCCCGUGUGUAGCUCGCUGAUUUAAUUGCUCUCCUUGUCAGAGCAGAUUACAGUAUUACCAUCUAUUCCUAAAUACCCGGCAGUGCCGGUGGGUUGUCCGUCCAUCAUCCAUCACCUAGAUCAGUAGAGCUGCAACUCGUAUGGCAGAGGCCAUGGCCUUCUGGUCUGUAAUUUUGCCCCCAAAGGGCAAGCCAGUCCAGCAAGAGGUUGAGAGCACUCCAACUGUUCUCUCGAGCAUUCAUGUGACGGGCCUGUCUCUUGGCGUCGCACCCAAAGACGGCCCGCAUGUAGUCACGCUUGAGUACAACGGCACAAACACGGUGCUUGCGACUUUGGAAGCUCCCCAUACGCGUCAAUGGCGGCUUGACAUCGCCAUCGACCAGACUAUCCAAAUGUGCAACAUGGGCAACUCGGAAGUGCACGUGUACGGCUAUCAAGUAUCUACUCCCGUACGAUUGGACGAUUCUGACGAGGACGAUAGCGACGAGGACGAGGAGGACUACGAGCUCGAGGGGGACGAGGGAGAUGAGGAGGUGCACGCCGAGGCUGUGGCAAAGGCCAAGGGGGCGAUGAAGAAGGCCGCACUUCCUGCCAAGGGCCGCCCAGCUAAGGCAGCAGCUGUGUCCAACCAUGACGCCAUGGACACGGACGGUGAUGAGGAGGACGAGGAGGAUGAGGACGAGGACGAGGAGGAGGGUGAAUCGGAGGAGGACGAAGAUGAGGACGAGGAGGGGGAUGGAAUUCCCGACAUGAAGGAGCUGGGCUCGGAUGACCUCAUCGGGGAAGCAGCGGACGAGGACGCGGAGGACGAGGACGAGGAUGAGGACGAGAGUGACGGGGAGGAGGAUGAUGAUGAGGCGGCCCCAGUGAAGGUGGGCAACAAGCGCGGCCCUCAGACCCCGCAACCCGGUAAGCCCGCCAAGCAGCCCAAACAGGAGCCGCCGAAAUCCGCACCGCCCAAGGCCUUGCAGCGGCAAAAGGCCGCCGCCGCAGUGGCGGCUGGUGGCGGCGCGAAGCAGAUUCCCGUCAAGGCUGAGAGCGGCAAGCCACAGACGGUCAAGGUGACCAAGGACGGGGCUGCUGCUGCGGGGGCGCCGGGCGCCACCAAGGCCGGUAAGGCUGAGGCUGCUGCGGCGAAGGCCGGCACGGGGGACGCUUCCAAGGGCAAGGCGGAUGUGAAAGGGGAUCAGAAGCCUGAGCCAGAGAAGAAGAAGGCAGAGGUGAAGGAUGCUGGCAAGACGGAGGGCAAGGGCAAGGAUGGUAAGGAGAAGAAGGCGGACGUCAAGGACACUGGCAAGGCCGGGGACAAGGCAAAGCCGCAGGGCAAGCAGGCCGCGGCGGGUGCAGCUGCGUCACCUAAAGCGGGCGUCAAGACACCGGGUAGCGAGGAGGAGUACCGCACCGCGCUGGUGGAUUUCCUGGGCAGCCAGAAGGGCCCGGUGAUGCUGAGUCAGAUCGGUUCUGCGGUUAAGAAGCCCGCCGGGGUCGACAAGCUCGCCAACUUCCUCAAGAAGCACAGUGACACCUUCGCAGUGGAGGUGGAUAAGGCUGUGGCAGUUCUUCUGGAGGUAUUAGGACUCCUCUCUCGCCCAAAUGCGAGCUGGCUGUCUGACUGGUGGCCAGUUAGCUUUUGCGAUGCGGUGGCGCUUGGGAGCUUUGAAACGGCUGGACAGGUGAGGAGAUGAUGCGUCCGGCUGGAUGCGCGUGUUGAGUGGGAAGGAAAGGUGUGCGGGCCAUAUCGGUAGGUGAUAGGAUUCUGCAAGGAACAGGGUUUUCGCAGUGGAGCAUCCGAAUGUCGUCAUGAUGCGUUGUAAUGGACAUGGUUAAG